AGGAAGUCUCCAAGGCAGAUCUGACCAUUUCGGAGAUCCAUUUCAUCCUCCCUCCAGGCCCCUCCCACUGUGCAGCCAGCAGCAUGGAGAUCUUCCAUCCCUUUCUCCUCAUCCUUGCUGGCCUGCUGGGAUCUCUUGCCCAGGAAGAUCUUGAAAGGAAGGUCUUCAUAUUCCCGGAAUCAUCAGACACCAGCCACGUGGUUUUGAAGGCCACCUCACAGCAGCCUUUGACCAGCUUCACCAUCUGCCUGAGAUCUUACACCGACAUGACCCGAGCUCACACCCUAUUCUCUUACGCAACCAAGACAAGUGACAACGAGAUCGUGGUCUUCAAAUCCAAAACCAACGAGUACAGCCUUUAUGUGGGGACUGCAGAUGUGAUUUUCUUCUUCCCAGAAAAGCUGGUUUCAGAACCUAGCUGGGAGCAGAUCUGUAUGAGUUGGGAAUCUGACACGGGAUUAGUGGAGUUCUGGCUGGAUGGGCAACCUUUUCCCCGAAACGGUAUGAUGAAAGGUCAUGUUAUAAGUCCAGAGGCAUCAAUUGUCCUGGGGCAAGAUCAGGAUUCCUUUGGGGGUGGCUUUGAUAUCAACCAAUCCUUCGUAGGGGAGCUCACAGACGUGUACAUGUGGGACCGGGUACUGUCUGGGGACGAAAUGUGCCUUGUGUGGGGCAACCAUGUUCCUUCCAACCCAAUAAUUAACUGGAGAUCGUUAAAUUAUGUCAUGAGAGGCUACACUGUUCUUAAGCCCUCCCUGUUUUCCAACUGUAGAGCUGAGUAGGCUUUGCAAAGAGACGGAUAGUCUUUAAAAAAACACAUUAUGGGGGUAGA